AAAAAAAAAAAAGUACAAUAACUUCAAUUAAUAGUAAAAUUAUUUCUUUUGUAACGUGAGUUACAAUCUAUUUGGAUUGAGGGUGAUGGAUGGGAAGGGAGAGAAACGAGAGGGGAUAGGCAAUAUGGGGAAGGAAGGGGAACACAGGGGAACAGUGGGAGGAUUAGGGAUGGCAAUUUGCCAAGAUCCUCGUGGAGCCUCGUUGCAGGGACGGGUCUGGAUUGCUGCUGCCAAACCAAAUCCGUCUAAGACUGUUGUUGCUACUGUUGCUGCGCCAUGGCUACUGCUGUUGCUACACCCUAGCUGCUGUUGCGCCACUGCUCUGCCACUGUUGCACCGCUGCUGCGCCAUUGCUCCACCACUGCUGUGCCACUGCUCUGCCACUGAUGCGCCACUGCUCCGCCACAACUGCUACUGCACCACUGCCGCUGUUGUUGCUCAAAGUCGAAGUGGAAGUGUAUAUUUAGAUAUUUUGGUGGGGAACGAGGAUCCUCGUUCUCGAUCCCCAUUCCCCGCAAGGAAUGGGGAUGGGGGCAAAAUCUGCUCCCCGUCAAAAAUCUUCGUGAGGAUCUCGUCCCCAUCAUUCACGAGGACAGAGACGGGGACGGGGACAGGGAGAGACUCUCGGCCCUGCAGGGCCUCAUUGACAUCCCUAGGGAAGAUGCCUCCUUCACCUCGUUUAAAUUCUUAAAAAAAAAAAGAAAAAGAAAAAGGAAGGAAAUAAGGGAAUUGUGAUCGCCACCUACCUAAGUAGUUCAAUGAUCAUCUUCUUUUGCGGGAAAUAAGAGGUCUUAAUUGUG